CGGCGGAGGCUGCGGCGGCGGCGGCCCAGCGGGGGCGCGAAGGGUGCCGCGGCCGCUGCUGCUGCUGCUGCCUGGGCCUGAAACAAGAUGGCGGCCCCGAGCGAGUACUUCAGUGUGGGCAGCCAGGUGUCGUGCCGGACUUGCCAGGAGCAGCGGCUGCAGGGCGAGGUGGUGGCCUUCGACUACCCUACCAAGAUGUUGGCGCUCAAAUGCCCUUCUUCAAGUGGCAAAGCUAACCAUGCAGAUAUCUUGCUUGUAAACCUACAGUAUGUUUCAGAAGUGGAAAUAAUUAAUGGCCGUACAGAAACUCCCCCACCUUUAGCUUCACUCAAUGUUAGCAAGCUUGCAAACAAAGCACGGAUGGAGAAGGAAGAAAAGCUGAGCCAGGCAUAUGCAAUUAGUGCUGGGGUCUCUUUGGAAGGACAACAACUUUUCCAGACUAUACACAAGACUAUUAAAGAUUGUAAAUGGCAAGAGAAGAAUAUAGUCGUGAUGGAAGACGUUGUCAUUGCCCCUCCGUACCAAGUGGAAAACUGUAAAGGCAAAGAGGGGAGUGCCCUAAGUCAUGUACGCAAAAUAGUUGAGAAGCAUUUUAGAGAUGUUGAAAGCCAAAAGGUGAUGCAGCGUUCACAAGUGCAGCCAACACAGAAGGAAAGCGCCCUCUCAUCCUGAGUCCCGCCUGCCCUUCCUGGUUGCGACAGAUUGCUCCUGCGGGGGGUGGGGGUGGGGGGAACCCUUCGAACACGCAGCAGUGGAUGACACAGACUUCUUUUUUCGAAAAGAGGUCAGGGGAGGGCAGGGGGGUUCCACUUCUUUUUUGCGGUGGCCCUGUAAUGAUGGGACCCACAGCUUCCGGACUUUAGACUUCAAAAAUAAGAGAAUAAUUUAAAAACUCAUUCAUUACUUGACUAACAGACUCUUUACUUUGCCCAUCAGGUUUCCCCCCAAAACAGUCAGCUGUCUUGUAUUUGAAGUUUUUCUCCCUCCCACAAUCUUUUUUUUUUUUAGCUUUAAAGAAAUCAGUUCCAUGCCACCCUUAUUCCUCCUGUAUCAUAAAUAGGAGAAUUCAUUUUCCCACUUGUCCUAUUAAAAACAUAGAGAAAACAGAAAAUAACAAGCUGACUGAUAUUGUAAUCGGGACCUUUGUGUGACUGGCGAUCUCUCAUUUUGGUUUUUGUUUGCACAGGGCAAGGCUUGAAUUAGCCUUAUUUUUCUUAUCUCAAAAUAUAUAUAUAAUAAAUAUAUAUAUAUAUAAGAUGUCCUUUAAAUAUUUUCUGCUUCUUGCAGUACUCGCAGCAGGGAUCAUGGCAGAAAAAAAAAAAACCCAGAAAAACAAAUGCAUGUUUCUCUGCUAAUCAAUCUGGCCUUUUGCAGGCAACAUUUUUCAUGCAUAACUCUGGAGAUUGCCCAAGUGUUGAAGCCAGGGCUUUAUUUGGGGGGGGGCAUAGCCUGUGGCAGGAGAACACAGAUGGAUUGCAGCUUUUUUCUUAUGGUCUUUCACAAGUUGAGCUUGUAUGUUCCUUUUCCCCCCCAUAAAUCAGAUCUCUGGGAAUGCUGCUGUUUUGGAGCUGCUGAGCAACAACCUACGGUACUCUUGGGAGUAAUUUUAUUCUCUCAAAGGAUAUGAAAACUUGAAGUUCUUGGAGCUUCCAUGUUGUUCAUGGGCUGUUCCUUUGGCCAUACCAAAGCACACCUGGAACUCUCUGUAGAACAAGGUUGCUUGAGUAGAGCCUGUGGCUGACAUAUGUAUAUCUUGCACCUUGUAUUCCAACCUGGAGUUGGAAAGAGACAUGAAGGUUUAGAGUAAGUCAAUACAUGGUUGUGCUCAGCUUCAGUCUUAACUGCACUGGCCUCUUUCCUCUGAAAUAAAUAGUUCUGAAGAGAUUGGACAGUGGGUGAACCUGGGAUCCUUUCGGUUUUGAGAGAUGCACUUUUUUGUUGCUCCUCCUGGCAGUGGUGCCUAGUUAUAUCAAAGUAAAUAUAAGUGCCAUAUGUCAUUUGUACUUUGCUCCUCGUUGAAUACAUGUCCAUAAGGCACAAGUAGCCAUUGUUUGGAGAAAUAAAAUGUGAUGCUCUUGGGGAAAACCAUCUCCAUGCUGUGGGUAGCGAAAAACUACUUGCAGAUAGUACCUGCUUUCAAAAAGUGUUGUUCCUGCCCAGAUCACUGGCAUUCCUAAAUUCUAGCUUGCAAUUCUGGGGUACAUUUCAGUACAUAGUGUUCUGAUCAGCUUUUAAUCUCAAGGACCCUAGUCACAGAGUGGUCUUCAGUGAUACUGCAUAUAUCCGAUUUGUAUCUCCCAGGCUGACCGCUCCUCAUAAACAUCCUUGCCUUGGAAUUUUUUCGCGAAUAAAUUGAUUUUGAUUUGGACAACAGGUCGGUUUACAGAGAACUUUUCUUGCCAUGAUCUCUUCUUCCCUUCCCCCUUUUUUUUAAAGAAAUGGAUCAAAUUUUAAAUAAUUCAAGCCCUGCCUUUCAGAAUGGA